AUGGAGAAGUUUAAGAACAAGUUUCUGAACCCUCAUCGCCGCUCGCGACGCGAGGAAGAGAUGGAGAAAUUGAGGGAGCCAAAGCUCUCGCCCAUCGCGACAGGGGGGUUCAAGCACUGGGCUGUGGCUUUUGUGCAACUUCAAUGUCGAUAUCGGUUUGGUAGUCCAGAAAUCGAGAUACUAUACCCACCAGAUGUGCCCUUUACGACGGCCGAUUUAAGUGCUAUAUGCUUCAACAGCUUCCCUGAGCAACAGAACACAGAGACAGCCGAGGAUCUCUCCUACGACUUUGCCAUCACCAACAAUUCGCCUGACAUCAAACUCACCUCGCCAAAUCCCCCUCAUGGUAGCGCUGACACCUUCUAUGGCUCAUGUAUCUUCCGCCAAGAAUUCGACGACACCAUGAAGAGGAGCUUCAACCAGAGGACUCUGGUGCUCAUCUCUCAUCACAACUUCACAUCAUUCCAUCACCGCAUCUUACAAAAGAUGACCGAAACAGGACAUCUUAGCGAUCCGACGACUCUGGAAUCUGCAUACUCGCAGAUGAAUACAUGGGCACCUCCAGCUCUAGGACGUCACAAUCUUCCCUUCAUGGGCACUACGCUGACUCUGGAUAUUGCACCACAUCGCGCUUUUCCUCUCCAAGGACUCCCCGGGCCUACGCCGUUGAUCUCGGAUAUCCCCUUGUCCAUCUACGCCUACGAACCCAUCGGCUCUUGGGACAACAUCAUGCACUACAUGCCCUGCAUCACUGACCUAUACGUCUUGUACGAAAAGCUGAUACUCUGCGAAAGCGUCAUCGUCAUCGCAAAAUCACCACAACUCGCCAGCGAAGCCGUCUCGUCGCUGGUCGAUCUCAUCUGCCCCGUGCCAUACGCAGGUGUGAUCAAACCCUACAUGACCAUGCAAGCGAACUUCAAAAGCAUAGGCAUUGACGGCGGAACCCCAACAUCAUUCGUCAUCGGCAUCACCAACCCUUUUCUAUUGAAACGCAUCGUUGCAGCAGCAGAAGCCAGUCACAAAGCCCGACCACACAUCCUAUAUCUUCAAAACUUCGAUGGCCCCGUACCAACACGCCGCCACCACUCGCUCCACCACAAAUCAAGCCGCAACGCACUCCUAGAUCUCCCCGGUGGUGGCAUCGAAGUCCACACCCCAUCCAAACGGUUUCUCAAAUCAGACCCAACCGUCGUAUCGCAAAUCGAAACUCUGCUCAAGCUCGGUGACCAAACCCGCGAACUCGGUCCCAUCAUCCGUCGCCACUUCGCCGAGCUCACUGCGCAAUUCAUCGCCCCUAUUAACCGCUACCUCGCAACUUCCAACGUAGUAACUCCAGGCGGCAACAACAGAUAUGCCAGCUUCCACGUACCGGAUCUCAUGAGCAGUGUGAGUAGUCACGGUACGAGUGUCAAGUUUCGCGGCACUGGGCCUAUCCAACGUCAUCGCGCAAGGGACGGACUGUACGAGAGCUUUUGCAAGUCUUCGAAUUUUUACUCGUGGUUGGAGAUGAAGAUAAACCUGGAGAAUGAGGCGAGCGCAGGGAUGCUGAAUGCGCCUGUCGCGUCUUCGGCUGCUGCUAUUUGA